CUAUCUCAGAUAGGCCUACAUUUCUCAGCUACACCAAAAUGUGUCCUUCUAGUAACCACCAAAGCCUAUAUUUUCCGCUAAUGUCUCUUUAACUGGCCUAUCUUUACUAAUAUUAUUCAUAUAUUCGAAUUUAAUGAGAGCAUUUUUUGUACGAUAACAAUAAAAGUGCGAGUAUAUAUAGGAUAAUCAACAAUAAAUGAAGUAAGAUUGCAACAAGUACGCGAGUAAAGAUGUUCAGACUAGCUCUUUUUGCUUUGCUGGGUGCAGCAAGCGCUGUUGAAUUUGAGUUCAAAAACAAUGGUGGUGAAAUAUGGGUUGGGAUCCAAGGAAACCCUGGACAUGCUGCGUUAGAAAAUGGAGGAUUUGCUCUAGGACAAGGACAAUCGAAAACCGUGCGUGCUGCAGACAACUGGGCCGGACGUUUCUGGGGAAGGACCUGGUGCGACCAAGGAUCCAAACAUUGUUUGACUGGUGAUUGUGGAAACAAAUUGCAAUGUGCCGGAGCUGGAGGAGUUCCACCAGCCACUUUGGCCGAAGUUACACUGAAAGGAGAUGCAGGAAAGGACUUCUACGAUAUUUCUUUGGUAGAUGGAUACAACAUCAAAAUGUCGAUGUCGCCAAUUGGAGGCAGCGGUGAUGGCGGCCAAUACAGCUGCAAAAGGGCCGGCUGUGACUUCAACAUCAACGACGAUUGCCCAGACGCUUUGCGCGUCAACAGCAACCAUGGUGUUGUAGCCUGCAAAUCGGCCUGUUUGGCCUUCAAUAACGACGAGUACUGCUGCAGGGGAGCCUUCAAUGAUCCCAAGAAGUGCAAGGCUGGAGAGUUCGCGAACAAGUUCAAAGCACAUUGUCCUGAUGCCUACAGCUACGCUUACGACGAUCGCAAGAGCACUUUCACUUGUCGGGCCAACAAGUAUCUUAUAACCUUCCAAUAAUUGCAAUAAAUAUUAACUGCAUAUUUUGUAUCUUUAGUCUACGAACUUUGUGCCUCCUUCGUCUUAUCUCCCG